AUGAAUAAUAAUACUACUGCUGCUACUACAAGUGGUAGUAAUGACAUGUUCAGUUUUAUUGAACCACCAACAUUGGUGAUUGGUAAAAAACCAUCCACCAGUAAUUCCAAUUCAACACUGACACCAACUGGUUUAUUGUUAUCUUCACCACAUUUAUUCUUGAUGGAAAAUGAUUUUCAAUCACUUAUUCAAUCUACUUCAACUCCUACAAGUAUUAAUAAUAAUAAUUUAAUGAAUCAUUUGAAUAAUAACAUGAUUCAUACCAAUAAUAAUGCUAAUGCUACUACUAUUUCAUCGUCAGCAUCUGAUUUGGUGAAUCAUCACUUGUUCUUAUUACAAACACCAACUUCACCAACAACAAUAACACCUAUUAUUAAUACUUCAACUACUUCAACUUCAACUGCAUUAACACCUACAAGUGCAAAUAAUUUAUUGAUGAAUAAUUUUCUUUCAUCAUCAGGUGGUUUACUUUCACCUGAUUUUGAUCAAAAUCCAAUGCUUUCUAAUAAUCAAUCAAGUACUAAUACACCUACCUCUUCAAUGGGUAAUCCUAUUUGGUUACAACAACAAUUAUGUGAUAUCAUUGAUGAUGUAUUUCCAGAAGCUGAUCAAUUAUUAGCUAAUAAUAAUCAUGUUGUAAUGGAACAACAACAACAUAAUAAUAAUAAUGUUAUUAAUCAAUGUAAUGUUGCUGCUACAACAACAUCUAUUCUAUCAGUAUUAUUAAAUAAUAAUACAAAUACAAAUAAUAAUAAUAAUAAUAAUACUAUUAUUUGUCAUCCUAAUCAACAACAAAAUGUGUCACCAGUCAAUAAUUUAUCACCAAAUAAUCAUGGUAAAACAUCACCUUCUAUUAUUAAUCAUCAAACAAUAACACCUAUUAUUAUUAAUAAUACUCCACAAUGUAAUAAUACUAUGCAACAACAACAACAAGUAUUUUCAAAUAAUAAUAUAAAUACAAGUACUACUAUUAAACAAGUUGGAGGAGGAAGUAAAAAGAAAAAGUCAACAACUAAAUCCAUUUCACCUACUACUAGUACCAUAACAAGUACAACUAAUAUGAGUACUAAAUCAUUCUUUAAUACAAAUAUUGAUCCAUCUGCAUUCUAUUAUGGUACUUCUGGUUUUUUGAAAUUCCACGACUAUUCAGGUAGAUUAAAUACAAAGAAGAAGAAUCAUACAUUUGCUGCUUCAUGUGAAAAGAUUCAAAAACAAAACAAAAUGUUAAAUCAUCAUCAUCACCAACCAAUUAUUAAUAAUAUGAGUAAUAGAUCAUCAUCUAUGAUUUCUUCUAAUAACAAUAAUAAUAAUAUGAUGAUGAUGACAUCAGUAGCAGGUAAUAAUACUCAUACUAAUACUAAUACUACAGGUACAUCAUUUCAAGAACAACAACAACAUAAUAUUUAUGAUGAAAUGAAAUUUAAAUCUGCUUGUCCAAAUCAAGUAUUUUACAAAAUGUAA